UCCACUAGGUUUUGGGCCGGGCAGAAGAAGGACGCACUACUAUAUAAUCACUUCUCACAUUCUCCCUGAACCCUCUUCUGCCGCCACUCUCGCUCAUUGCCGCAACUCCAUUUCUGCUUCGUCAGUCAUUAGGGUUUUCUCGCCGCUCCACAAUGGUUCUCCAGAAUGAUAUCGAUUUGUUGAACCCUCCAGCUGAGCUCGAAAAGAGAAAGCACAAACUCAAGCGUCUUGUGCAGUCACCAAACUCUUUCUUCAUGGAUGUUAAGUGUCAGGGAUGCUUCAACAUAACAACUGUGUUUAGCCACUCUCAGACUGUGGUGGUGUGCGGAAACUGCCAGACCGUCCUGUGCCAGCCGACCGGUGGGCGUGCCAGGCUUACAGAGGGUUGCUCCUUUAGGAAGAAGGGAGACUAAAUGGUGUGUCAUUGUUUCUUUGUUCAUGAUGGAGAGUUUCAAUUGCUAGGGUUAAGAUGGGUUCAAUGGCUUGUCUUGUUUUAGUUUCGGUAUUUAAUUUUGUUUGAUUUUGUAAGACUAAAUCCUACAAGUACAACUUUAUCCUAGACUUUUUGAUACCCCAUGGUAUUGUUUAUCUCUUCACUGCUUUGCAUAUGAUUGAAAGUAGAUAUUUACUUCUCUGGCA